AUGAAUAAUCCGACGAAUCCACCUGUAUCUAAUCUAUCCAGUGCAUUACGAAAUAUUAACCUUCAAGAAAGCAGUAAUAUAAAUAACAAUGAUAGUAGUAAUAAUGGGAACCCCAAUAUUAAUCAAGAUAUAAAUAUAAUGCGACAAAAUGCUCCAGGUCAAGUUGGCAACGAAAUGUUACUACAAAGACCUCCAACGAAUACAAAUAAUUCCAUCAUUGGAAAUGGUGAUCAAGGAUUUAACGAACCAAUAGUACAACAUGAUAUUUUACCUUCACAAAAUUCAAAUCAAAUAAAUCAAAAUUCGAAUAUUGAUAACUCAAGAUUAGUGAAUUUUUUCCAAAAUCAACCAGUUUCAGGUUAUACAUUAUUUUCACAUAGAUCUGCUCCAAAUGGAUUUAAAGUAGCUAUUGUUCUAAGUGAACUUAAUCUUCCGUACAAUACUUUUUUCCUUGACUUUAAUGCUGGGGAACAUAGAUCACCUGAAUUUAUCUCUAUUACACCAAAUGCUCGUGUUCCUGCUUUAAUUGAUCAUGGCAUGGAUAAUUUAUCUAUUUGGGAAUCAGGUGCCAUCCUUUUACAUUUAGUAAAUAGAUACUACAAGGCCACUGGCGAUGCAAAACUUUGGUCUAGUGAUUUAGCAGAACAAGCUCAAAUUAAUGGAUGGUUAUUUUUCCAAGCUACUGGUCAUGCACCAAUGAUCGGACAAGCAUUACAUUUUAGAUAUUUCCAUUCUGAAAAAUUACCAAGUGCAUUAGAAAGAUAUACUGCGGAAGUAAGAAGAGUUUAUGCUGUAAUUGAAAUGGCUUUGGCUGAAAAGAGAGAAGGCUUAAUUAUGGAAUUAGAUAUUGAUAAUGCAGCAUCAUAUUCUGCAGGUACAACUCCCCUAUCACAAAGUAGAUUUUUUGAUUAUCCAAUAUGGCUUGUUUGUGAUAGAAUUACUAUUGCAGAUUUAUCAUUCGUUCCAUGGAAUAAUGUUGUGGAUCGUAUUGGUAUCAAUAUUAAAUUGGAAUACCCUGAAGUAUACAAAUGGACUAAACAUAUGAUGAGAAGACCUGCUGUGAUUAAAGCAUUACGUUGUGAAUAG